AUGGACUUACACGUUGAUGAGGUGAUCAAAGGUCUGUUUAACAAUGAGGCAUAUAAAAAACCCUCUGAUAAGAUUAAGCUGGAAGAUUUGGAAUUGAGACUGCCAGAAUGGUACGAUAAAAAGAAAUUCGAUCAAGGAAGGCGAUUCCAGCGUGACUUUUUCUAUAUGCAGUCUAUCGCAAUGAUGCUGGGCUUGAUAGCUGUGAUGGCCAUUCCCACUAUUCUGAAGGUUUUGGUCAGCACCAGGCGCUCUAACUCAUCGUUUACCGCCUUCAAGAGGUAUUGGUCUACGUUUUUACACAUUCAGAGCUGGCUAGGAAACGAGCUGAAGCCUGGGAGCUUAUCAUGGCGUUCCCUCCACGAAGUCCGAGCUCGUCACAUUAUGGCAGAUCGUGCUUGCAAACUAAAAGGCCAUGGAACAGUUUCUCAGCGCGAUGUAGCCUUCACCAUAUUUGGUUUUAUCGGCUUUAUGAUCCUCAAGCCUCAGAAACUUGGUAUAAGGCAGUUGCAGUCAGGGGAUUGGGAGGCUUUCAACCAUUUUUGGGGUGUGAUCGGGUACAUGCUGGGCUUAGAAGACAGGUACAAUAUAUGUCGAAAGAAUUUGGAUGACACCAGACAAAUAUGCCGUAUACUCCAAGACAGAAUAUACACGCCAUGUCUCAACAAUUCACCGGAAUAUUUUGAACACGCGGCCCACGUGAUGACAGUGGGAAUGAGCGCGAUCCACCCUGCCGUAGAGCACGAUUCUUUAGUUUUCUUCACCAAAUACCUCGCCGAUGUACCUGGGUAUAUUUACACUGAAAAGGACAGAAUAGAAUUACAAACGAAACUAAAGACGCAUCUUAAUGGAAAUUCCAUUGAAACAGGUAUAGACUCGUCGAAGUUACUGGAAAAGUGCCCCAUAGAUUUUUCACCACAGACUAAACCGACAGUUCUCUAUCUCCGAGAUUAUGACACUAUUGAAGAUUCGCCCCAAUACAAGCGCCUUCCAUUCGGUGCAAAGUUUAAAUUAUCUCUUUUAGAAGUAUUGCUGGCUGUCUAUAAUACCUAUAUUGGUCGGUUACUCCUAAAUCUACACUUCGCUUGCUACAUUUUCAUCGGAGAGUACUUGCCAUAUGUUGCCAUGUGGAGAUAUGGUGUAAAGGAUGCUUACAUUAGUUUAUUUAAGGAAACCCCGGCGGAUGAUUAUGUACCAAAAACUAAUUCGGAGUAUUAUAAGCGAAUGCCGAUACCUUGGUACAGGGAGCUUUUAAGCUGUGUGUCUUGGGGAUAUUUUGAAUAA